AUGGAGAAGUCACAGAUUCUGAAGCGCUGGGCCGCGCACUCCAAAAGCGUCCUCAACCGCCCCUCCACAAUCUCCAGAGCCCCCACCGGCCGACUCUCCCAAGCGAAAAUCAACGUCGGCCUGGACCUCAUGUUCUUCCUUCCAGAAACCAUUCGCGUCGUGCAACAACUCUCCAGCGGGCUCCGGAGCAAUCCUAGCCGAAAUCUACAGGCACGACGGCCACCGCCUGAUGGAUCAGCACAUCAACCGGCAUGGCGUAAAGAAGUGAAAACCGGCUCCGCCAUCUAUGAAACAGAUCGGAUCGCUGCCGCCAAAGCCAAAUGA